AUGGCAGAUGGAUCAGAAAAUGACGAUAUAUUUCAUGACAUUAUUAUGUCAGAAGAAAGGUCACAGAGCCAAGGCUUCACGGCUGGACAGAAGAUUGGACAGAAGACUGGUAUGGAAGAUGGGUAUAGGCUAGGCUGGGAGAAAGGAUCAGGUGUUGGAUCAGAGCUUGGAUUUUAUGUUGGGUUCUGCCAAAAAAUCUUACAGAAAAUGGAAGAUUCCCAGGAAGGCAAACAAAGAGCCAUCAAGACUGCCCAGUCUUUGCUGAAGUUGGUUGAUGAAUUUCCACUGACAAACCCAACACAACCUCAGCUAUUUGAAAUGAUACAACAAAUAAGAUCAAAAUUUAAACAGCUAACAUCUGUGCUGGGUAUCAAUGCCAGCUAUAACUGGAGUGUAUCAGAGAGUAAAGGUGUAUCAUUUUGAUGAAGGGAAAGCUCUGCAUUUUCUGCUGCACAGGGGAACACUACCAGAAGCACAGAACUUGGGUCUCAGCUGUAAAGACUACAUUAAAAUGAAUGGUUGAUGAAUGGAAGUUCAGUUUUGGAAGUUGAAAUUGGAAAACAUGAUGAGGAACAAAUAUUACCUAGACACAUUGCAGCUUGACUGGUGUCACAACUGGAUGUGACCAGAAGAGAACAACCAGACUGAGAUGAGAGAAAUUCCUUAUAGUGUGUGGAAAUAUUUGACAUGUAAUGGAAUGCAACAAAAUUGACAUAAUACCAAAAUAUCUUCAUGUGAUAAUUUAUAGCCUCACCACAUAAGUGGGGAAUUGAAUGCUUAUCGGUCCAUAUGGAAGCCUUGAUUUUACAUAAUUCAAUAUUAAAAUGUUAUUUUUUU